CACUCGCAUGCGACAGGAGGAGAUGGUCAGUGCCUUGUUUAGUGUUCUUCAUGGAACACGUGCUCCCCCCCAGCCCACCACCGGACCCCCUGCUGUCAAACUAAGGGGUAUCCUGGACCUUAGUCUCUUCACUGUGACAGACCAUACCCCCAUGGAGAUAGCUGUGGACAUCUUCAGGAAGCUGGGACUCAGGCAGUGCCUGAUCACAUAUAAAAUAGGACCUGAACCUUAGGACCAUGCCUCAGGACUACCUGGCAUGAUGACUCCUUGCUG